AAAUGCUAAUGCGUAGCUAUUUCCGGGUCAAGGGGAGACCGAGGAGGACAGGACGAGAGGCGGAGUGAUUACUGGAGAGGAUUUGGAGUUAAAUGACCGGUCUAUCGAUCGUUUUGCUAGUCACGGCGGUGCAUGGCCACAGUAACUAAGCGCGCAUAGCUAGCUGGCCGUUGACUGACAGCCCACUCGCUUGUCACAUGAAGUGAAUUUCAUCGGACGGAGGAUGGCGGAGCGGGAUAUAGCGCCGGGAGACCUAACGAUACCUGUGCAAGCAUCUUCAGAGGUUUCGGAUAAUUCAGAGACACAAAGUUCCUCAGGUGAAAACGGACACGUUGACAGUCCAGAUGAGACUCUCUCUCCGACUUCGGUGAUUUAUUUCAAGGAGGCGUUGGACUCUUCAAAUUUAAGAUUUGGGAAGGCUGGGUCGCUGUCACCCAGUCCGCUUCGACAGUAUGACUUCAAGAUUGAAAGAAUCGAGUCAAAGCGCAGAAAUCCCAAGGAUCCCAUCGCGAUCGAAAGGCUUAACUUGAUGAACAUGGCCAAACUGAGCAUCAAGGGCCUGAUCGAGUCUGCUCUCAACCUGGGACGCACACUUGACUCUGACUAUGCACCUCUCCAGCAGUUCUUUGUAGUGAUGGAGCACUGUCUGAAACAUGGGUUGAAAACCAAGAAGACGUUCCUGGGGCAGAACAAGUCGUUCUGGGGGGCACUGGAGCUCGUUGAGAAGCUGACGCCGGAGGCAGGAGAGAUCACUGCCAGUGUAAAAGACCUGCCUGGCCUCAAAACUCCUCUAGGAAGAGGGCGCGCCUGGUUACGACUGGCCUUGAUGCAAAAGAAACUCUCUGACUACAUGAAGACCAUCAUCAACAGAAAGGACCUGCUCAGUGAAUUCUAUGAGCCGAACGCGUUGAUGAUGGAGGAAGAAGGAGCUGUCAUCGCCGGGCUGCUCGUCGGACUGAAUGUCAUUGAUGCCAAUCUGUGUAUGAAAGGAGAGGACUUGGACUCUCAGGUCGGGGUGAUUGAUUUUUCAAUGUAUCUCAAAGAUGGUGGACACAGUAGUAAGAGUGCAGAGGGCGACGGUCAGAUCACAGCGAUUCUCGAUCAGAAGAAUUAUGUGGAGGAGCUGAACAGACAUUUAAGUGCAUCAGUAAAUAACCUUCAGGCCAAAGUGGACGCCCUGGAGAAGUCCAACACAAAGCUAACAGAAGAGCUCGCAGUGGCAAACAACAGGAUCAUCACUUUGCAAGAAGAUGUGGAGAGAGUAAAGGAGGAGAGCUCAUUUCAGCUGGAGUCCAGGAAGGCAUUAAGAAGCGACUCGGCACCAGAUGGACAAGCGCUGGGUGAAACACGCAAGCAGCUCAAAGAGGAAACUUUGCUUCGACUGGAUGUGGAGAAGGAGCUGGAGGUGCAGAUCGGGAUGAAGCAGGAGAUGGAGCUGUCCAUGAAGAUGCUGGAGAAAGACAUCUGUGAGAAGCAGGACGCUCUGGUGGAGCUCAGACAGCAGCUGGAAGACCUUCGUGCCAUCAACCAACAGCUGAGCCACAAGUCACAGAGCUCAGACGCCAGCUCUAAACAGAAGAGUGAAGCCAUCGCUCGCCUGGAGGAGAAAAUAAACCAGAUGACGGGGACUGUAAAACAGAUGGAGACCAGAUGCAAACAGGCAGAGAGAGAGAGGGAUCUGGCCGUCGAGGCCAACCGGCUCUUCAAACAGGACUUCGGAGACAAAAUCGAGAGUCUGCAGGUGGAGGUGGAGCAGCUGAGGAAGCAUAGGUCUAAUCUGGAGCUGGAGCUGGAGCUGAGAAAAGAGCGCGAGCGAAGGAGCGAGCAUCAUUUUGACGCCGCGUCCAGACAGCCCAGCACUCCUCGGAAGGAGAGGAGACACCCAGAGAUCAUGGCAAAACGUCCCCCAGAAUCCCCGUCAGUGAAAAGGGCGAAUGACCAAUUACACGCAGGAGCCGAGGAUAAAACAAGUCUGAGCUCCAGCCUGUCCUUGUCGCACCAUGAGGAUGAACAGGACGAGUCAUUUGUGGAGAUCAGUCAGCCUUCCAUCUGCACGAUGUGUGAAGAGGACGACUCCCUCCUGAGGACAAAGAAACAGUGUAAGAACUGCAGUGGGGUUUUCUGUGAGAGCUGCGUGUCCAAAGAGCUGCCAUUACCUUCCUCCAUUCUCCCAGAGACUGUGUGUACCACCUGCUUCUCUCUGUUACUCCAACAAUACGCUUCAACACCAACAUGAAACAUCUCAGCAUUUUACUGGAAGACACGGUGAUCAGUAGAAACCAGAGGCAUUGAUUUGUAACUGGCACUGCAAAAAUGCACUUUCUGACUUCGUGACCUGAGACGUGAUGAAGUCCUGCGAGUUCUGAACUUUCAAUAUUUUAGUUACUUUAAGGUAGUAAUGUCCGAACAUGCGCCAUUAAGAGUUUGGAUGCAGGUUUUUUAUUUUUCAAGUACAGGCGUAGCUGUAAGUCAUCCCUUCUGGCUGACUGUGUGUGUUGAGCUGUUGAGCUGCUGUGAUAUUUUUAUCUGGUGAAAACCUGCACUCAAAAAGCUGAAAAUGGCACCUGGUUGGAGAUUACUGAUUUAAAAAAAGACACCUUGAAUCAUCUCAUGCAUUUAAAAACUGACUUUCCACCACAGAUUAUUGAUGAAAAGGUCAACUGACAACAUUUUUAACCUCAGUUUUAAGAGAUUAAAAUGAAAAAACUGGACGACUGCACUGCAUUAUAACACAGUAGUUGAUCAUAUACAAUUCAGUUUGCGAUGCAGAUGGUGAUGAAGCUUGUAUUUUCACACGUUUGUUCUCUGCGUGGCAUCUGAUUCAUUCAUACUUUCAUACAUUUUACUAUGAUAUUAAAUGUGUCAGCAAUUUGGGAAAAAUGCAUGUGCAGUCAAAAGCUUUUUAUACCCUCACAAAAUUGUUCAAAUAAUCUUACAUGAACAUACAUUAUUAGUGCACUCAGUCUGAAGUAGUUAAGAAAACUGUAAUGCAGAAGUUAAGACCAGGAAAAGACAAAUAUUUAAGUUUUAUCACAAUAUUAUAACCAAAAUCCUAGACUGAGUCUCUUAUCAUGAUAUCAAUAUUUGAUGCACAUUUGAUCAUCCAGCUUUGGUCAGACUAUAGAACAGUGCUGAUUUUGCUUUUCAGCUGUUAUGUGGAGGGAAUGUGUCGACAUUUUGGUCAGUGCACUCCUUCUCUUUCUUGCGGUGAGUUAGACGACUCACACCACUCUCAUGUGUGUCCGUUCAGUAUGAAGCUACAGCCAGCAGCCGGUUAUCUUAGCUUAGCACAAAGACUAGAGGUGGUGGGGGGGAGAGGGUGCCUGGCCCGGCAGGAGCAGUCCCCUCCUGCAGUCUUCAAUGUGUUAGUGAGCUGGAAGGCAGAUUUGGUUACCUUUCAACUGAGCCAGAUGGUCUUUAUGCUAAGCUAACUGGAUGUAGCUUCAUAUUUACGGCACACACAAUGUCAGACUAUUCCAUUAAGUUAACAAAGCUGAAUAUUCUGGGUAUAAUGUUUCUUUACUGUUGCUGUUGUGUUCUGUGCUAGAUGUGGCAUUAACAAAAUGGCUUCAAAUCAUCUCCUGCUGACAGUGAAUAUUUUGUCAUACCAGCGUCUGGUUUAUCUUGAAUCGUUGAAUCCAGCAUUCAGAUUCUAGACUCUUCUCUGGAUAAUCCAACUCCUUUUCUGGCCGAUGUAACAUACUAUGGCACUUUUAAAUGCAUGGCUCUCUGCCUGCCUGGUUUGAAGUAGGCAUAUCAGUGCACAUUUAUAACAGCUAUUUUUAUGUUUUGUUGAUUUAUAUGAAGAAUUAUUAGAAGCUCAGUAAAACCAGUUAAACGCUUAGUCAUUCUUGCUGAAAUUAACACGUGAGAUGGAAAUGCUUCUUAGAUCAACAAUAAACGUUUACAUUUUAACCAGC